AAACCGGGUUUCUGUGUUUGUUCACAACCCUCAACGUUUGCCUUUUCUGCCCCACUCAAUUCUCUGGGCAUUGUCAAAAGGCAUCUCCAAGCUCUUGUUCCAAGCGCGUUCAAUUAGGUCUGAUACAACAUGUCUUCCCUACGGCCUCAUGACGAACAGUACACUGGCGACCCAUUUGCAGAUCGACCACGCCAGACCCACUUCCAGGAGCCACCUCUUCGUGUUUAUGAUGGUUCAUCAGGCUCGCCCUUUGAGAGUACCACAACCUUACCCCGCGAGUUCGGCGGCGCCAAUUAUGUAGAUGAGGAUUAUGCUGAAAAGCUUCCGCUCACCGGAGGUGACAACUAUAAUCCUGGCGGCUUUUAUCCACCAGCACCAGUCGAUCCUUCAGCCUAUGGGGACCCCUACGCACGCCCUUUGUCUUCUAUGUCAUCCACAACAAAUGGCGCAGACACUGCUUGGAGGCGCCGUCAGACCAUUAAGCGUGGGGUAACGCGUAAAGUCAAGCUCACAAAUGGUAACUUCAUUGCCGAGUACCCUGUCCCAACCCCAGUCCAUAGUGCCAUUGAAGCAAAAUAUGCCGCCACCAAUACUACUGAAUUUUCCCACAUGCGGUACACUGCAGCAACGUGCGACCCGGACGAUUUCACAGAGGCCAAUGGCUGGUCUUUGAGAACCAAGAUAUAUGGUCGGCAAACCGACUUGCUCAUUGCCGUUACGUCUUACAACGAAGACAAGACACUUUAUGCUAGAACACUCCAUGGCGUCAUGAUGAACAUUCGCGACAUUUGCAAGACUAAACAGUCAAAGUACUGGCGACGAGCGGCUGAAGAAGGUCUGCCUGGCUGGCAGAGAAUCACAGUUGCCCUUAUCGUCGAUGGACUGGAGCCUAUGGACAAGAGCGUAUUGGAUAUCUUGGCCACAGUCGGCGUCUACCAAGAUGGUGUCAUGAAGAAACAAGUGGACGACAAAGACACUGUCGCACACAUUUUCGAGUAUACCACUCAGUUGUCGGUUGACGCCAAACCUCAGCUUGUGCUUCCUCAUGAAAACGAUCCCAAUAAUUUGGUCCCCGUACAAAUCAUUUUCGUUCUAAAGGCUAAGAAUCAGAAGAAGAUCAAUUCGCAUCGGUGGUUGUUCAACGCCAUCGGUAAAAUCUUGAUGCCCGAAAUUUGCGUGCUCAUUGACGCCGGUACCAAACCUGGACACAAAUCCAUCUAUUAUCUCUGGGAAGCGUUCUACAACGAUGCCCAUCUUGGUGGGUGCUGUGGUGAAAUUCACGCCAUGAUUGAGGGUGGUAGGAAGCUCCUAAACCCCCUGGUCGCUGCCCAAAACUUCGAGUACAAGAUGUCCAACAUCCUUGACAAACCACUGGAGAGUAGUUUCGGCUAUGUAUCAGUGCUUCCUGGUGCUUUCUCCGCGUACCGGUUUCGCGCGAUCUUGGGUCGGCCACUAGAGCAGUAUUUCCACGGUGACCACUCUUUGGCCGACCGUCUUGGCGCGAAGGGUAUCUACGGCAUGAACAUCUUUACCAAGAAUAUGUUCUUAGCUGAGGACCGUAUAUUGUGUUUCGAGCUCGUCGCCAAGGCUGGCGAUAGGUGGACGUUGACGUAUGUCAAACCGUCCAAAGCGGAGACGGACGUACCAGAAUCCGCAGUCGAGCUGAUUGGUCAACGUCGUCGGUGGUUGAAUGGUUCAUUUGCUGCUUCAGUUUACGCUUUGGUGAAUUUCUUCCAACUCUACCGUUCUGGCCACGGCAUCAUCCGCAUGUUCUUCUUCCACAUUCAAGCUCUUUACAACAUCUUCUCAUUGAUCUUCUCGUGGUUUGCAUUGGCGAAUAUUUGGUUAACAUUCAGCAUCAUCAUCGACCUGCUCCCUGGGCAAGGCAUUAUCAUUUUCGGCACUGCGGACGUCACACACUGGGUUAACUUGGCUUUUAAAUGGAUCUACCUUGCCUUCCUCGCGCUACAGUUUGUGCUAGCUCUUGGUAACAGACCGAAGGGUGAACGAACGGCAUAUGCAACCACGCUAUGGGUUUACGCCUUCUUGGCCGUUUACCUUCUCGUGUGUUCUUUCUGGCUAACCAUCAAGGCGUUCGCCAACAUUCCCAACGAGCUGAAGAACAAGACGGUAUCUGCAGUCAUUUUGACCUUCUUAACGCCUCCUGUUGGUGCUUUGAUUGCUGCGAUGGUCUCCACUUUCGGCAUCUACUUCUUUGCAUCGUUCCUCUACCGGGACCCCUGGCAUAUGUUUUCCAGUUUCUUCCAAUACCUAUGCCUGGCACCAAGUUUCACGAACGUACUCAACGUUUACGCAUUCUGUAACUUGCACGAUGUGUCCUGGGGUACAAAGGGUAGUGACAAGGCAGAAGCUCUGCCAUCGGUCUCGUCGUCUAAGACCAAAGAUGCGGAUGCUCCUGUUGUCGAAGAUACGCACCGCAUCCAAGAAGAUGUGGAUUCUGCAUUCAAGGAGACCGUCACUCGCGCAGUGACCAAGAUCGAUGUCAAGGAAGCGGUUGAGAAGCCGACGAUGGACGAUCAGAACAAGACCUUCCGUACGCGUCUUGUCGCCUUCUGGAUGCUUACGAACGCUGGAUUGGCGGUUGCCAUUGAGAACAUCAACGGUCUCACGUCCGCUUCAGAUGCGGUGCUGGACGCGCAGGAGCUUCAAACGAAGCAAAACAUUUACUUUGCUGUCAUCUUGUACUCCACAUUUGGUCUCGCUGCUGUGCGGUUUACUGGGUGCUUGUGGUACUGGUUCAAACGCAAUCUUUUCAGAUGCUGCAGGAGGAAUUAAUCCGUGGAUCGGCUUUUCUCUCUUUCUUGUGUUUGGUGAACAGAAUUUAUCUUGUGCAUGCAUGGACUUGAUGAAAACAGCUAUCAUCUACUCUCCUUUCGUAUCCCUCUUCGUUCGAUCGUAUUAUGCAGCUGGACAAUCUGAACUUCAUGAGUAUCAUCUUACACUACCCGGGUUGACGUAUCACUCGUUUUUAUACACCUAGCCUAUCUUUGUCUGCGCCAAAGGAGUAGAUAAAUGGUUACUCAACAAAUGAAUGGCAGUCUUAAUUUCAACUUCGAGCA